UUAUAUAAUCAUUCUACUUUCACUCACAACACAAACACACUUCAUUUCUUUCUUUGUUUCUUAAUGGUAAUGGUUUCAGAAGGAUUUAAUAGUUCAUUGAUUGUGUUGAGUUAGUUACAUAUUGUUAGUGUUUUUUAUUCUUCUUGAAUUUUGAUGACAAAUAACCCUUUUACUCAUAAGCCCAAAACAAAGAAAAGAAGAACCGGCCAAGGGUAAUCAAAUUCUUAUUCUCAAUUUCUUUUAAAAAAAAAUAGUUUUCUUUGGGUUAAAAUGGAGAUUUUAGUGGGUCCCACUUUCACCAUCGACGUUCCUUCAUCUCCGCCGCCUUCCGAUCAAACCGAAGAACGCCGCCGCCUCUUCAUGAAUGAAGUUGAAGCUCCGACGUCGUUCCGGAUCUCGGGAUCGUCGAAGUUCUUCGGCGGCGGUUCGCCGGAGAGUUCGUCGUCGAUUGGGACUCCCGAUGAGAGUGACAACGAUGAGGAAGUGCAGAGUCAGAUGAAGACAAGAAGUGGAUUGGGUUCGUUGGAUUCUUUGGAAGACUCUCUCCCUAUCAAGAGGGGAUUAUCAAGUCAUUUUGAAGGAAAAUCAAAGUCAUUUACAGAUCUAUCACAGGUAAGCGAUUUAACUGAAUUGCGAAAGCAAGAGAGUCCUUUUAACAAGAGAAGAAGGGUUUUAAUUGCUUCUAAAUUUUCGAGAAAAUCGUCUUUCUAUUCAUGGUCAAACCCUAAAUCCAUGCCUCUUUUGCCUGUGAAUGAGGAUCAUGAUGAUGAUUAUGGUGAUGGUUAUUAUGAUUAUGAAGAAGAGGAAAAGACGAGAAAAGUUUCAUCCUCUUCGUCUUCAUCUUCUUUGGGAGAGGAGAAGAAACAAGAAGAUCAAGUUCAGGUUGGGGAUGGUAGAAUGCAUGAAUCUCAUGCUGCUGAAAUGAGGCUUAGACUUAGAAGCUUUAAGUCAAGGAGUUUUUCUCUUGCAGAUCUACAAGAACAUGAUGAUGAGGAAGAUGAUGAAGAUGAUUAAUUAAUUAAUUAACUUUAACAUAAAGUUUUUUCUUUUAUUCUUUUGUUGUUAAAUGAACUACUACUAAGUUAAUGCAUUGAAUAACUUGAUCUCUA